UUAAGUGCGGUUGUUGUUGAAAGUAGACGUGUUAUGCUAGUGCUUCACCACUAUACCAACGUUAAAUCACGAAACACCAAAAUCAUGUUGUAUUGGAUUCAUUAGAUUACCUGUUGAAGCUGAACUUGUGGGUAAACACAUCGUUAACGGUGAAUAUGUUUCUGCUUGAGACUAAAAGUAGGUGACUCAAGUUCUUAUGAUCAAAUAACAGAUGAAAGAUCUUUGGAAAUGAAAUGAAUUUGCUUUGCGAGUGAUCUAGUCUGCAUCAGUGUUCUCAUGAUGCUGAGAGCUGCAUUUUCAUCAAACAUUGAAGUACCACUGAGGUGUAGAUGCAGAAAGGAAAUUCUCCUUACGUUACUGAUAUUGUGUGCUUUGGAGCCUUUUGGCAUGGGUCAUUGGGUACCAUCAGAAAAAAAUAGCCAGGACUUCAGACAAAUUACACAUCAAGCAAUACAGCAGAGCAACAUUGAUAGAUUUAGUCAAAUAGGCGUCAGAAGAUAUUCUGAGCUGUUGUUCGACGUUUCUCGUUAUCAACUUAUUGUUGGAGCACGUGACUAUCUGUUCAGAUUCAGUUUAGACAAGUUAAAAAAAAUAGAAGAAGCUCAUCUGCCUUCUUUAGAAUCCAGGAUAAGUGAAUGUCUGACAAAAGGACAAUCUAUUGAAAAUUGUCGGAACUUUAUAAAAGUUCUCCUUUCCCACAAUGACAAGAUAUUUGUUUGUGGAACAAAUGCAUUUUCUCCUGAAUGUUCUUGGAGAGAUAUUCAAUCAUUAAACACGGUCUAUGAAACUGUUCCUGGAAUAGCCAAGUGUCCAUAUAAUCCUAAUAAUAACAUAUCUGCACUGCUGACUAUGGAUGGCGACUAUUACAUAGCUUCAGCUCUAGAUUUCUCUUCUCGAGACUCAGCAGUUUAUCGUGCUAUGGGAAAAGUUCCUUAUUUACGAACGGUCCAAUAUGAUGGAAAAUGGCUAAGUGAACCAGAUUUUAUUGCUUCUUAUGAAAUUGGAAAAUUUGUAUAUUUCUUCUUUAGAGAAACAGCAGUUGAAUACAUGAACUGUGGCAAGAAAAUAUAUACUCGGAUUGGAAGAAUAUGCAAGAAUGACGUAGGAGGGCAAUUUAUGCUCAAAGACAAUUGGACAACUUUCCUUAAAGCUCGGCUAAACUGUUCUAUUCCAGGAGAAUACCCAUUCUACUUUGAUGAGCUUAAAAGUUUACAUUAUAUAGAGAGAGAUGGGCUUUUUUAUGGUGUUUUUACUACACCAGAUAAUAGCAUCUAUGGUUCAGCUAUCUGUAUUUUCAACAUAACCAAUAUAGAAAGGGCAUUUGAAGGUCCCUUCAAAUAUCAAGAAACUCCCAAAUCUCAGUGGGAGCGACAUAAUGGACCGCAUAGGCAUUUUCAGUGCGAAACCCCUGGUAGCUCUCAACAUCUGGUUGAUGCUGAUCGUUUCAAGUUAAUGGAUGAUGCAGUACAAGCCAGUUAUUCCAGACCUGUAUAUAUGACUAAAUUUGAGAGAUUCAGCAAAGUUGUAGUUGAUGUAGUUCCAACCAAGUUCUCAGAUGGUAUCCAUGUUUUAUUUGUGGUCACAUUAGAAGGAGUAAUAAAAAAAUUGAUCCUGGUUCCUAAGACCAAUGAGGCAUGUAUGGUGGAAGAGAUUCAUGUUUUUCUUCCUAACAGCACAGAACAGGUCAUAUCCAUGAAACUUCUAACUGAUACGAGCUCACUGUAUAUUGGAACUGAAACACAACUGAUGAGUAUACCCUUACAUCGCUGUGAACGGUUCAGAGAUAAGGAUUCAUGCCUCAAUGCUAUGGAUCCAUACUGUGGAUGGAAUAGUCAUGAAUUAAGGUGUACUACUGCCCCCUAUCGUAGCCCUCAUAGCACUUUCUGGGAACAAGAAUUUCAUGGUGAGUGGAGCCAGUGGUCUUCGUGGUUUCAAUGUGAACAGUCGGGCGUGGAUUCUCCUGGUGACUGGUGUCUAUGUCGAGAAAGAACAUGCACCAAUCCUGCUCCUAAAAAUGGUGGAGAACAGUGUAGUGGAGGAAAAAUACAAGUGUCAAACUGUACACGAAAUGGCCUAUGGACACAGUGGUCAGCAUGGUCUGCUUGUUCUCAGACUUGUGGUCUGGCUCUAAAAACACGACGUAGGUAUUGUGGUAAUCCAUCUCCAGCCCAUGGGGGGAGGAUAUGUCUUGGCCCAGAAAUGGAAGAAACACAUUGUUCAACAAACCCUCCUUGCUUAGGACCAUCACUUCCUCCUGUGGAUGGGAAAUGGUCAAAAUGGUCAUCUUGGAGUGAAUGUAAUGUGAAAUGUGGAGGUGGAUUUCAGACCCGACAACGAAAAUGUAAUAACCCUUACCCAAAACAUGGGGGACUUGAAUGUAUUGGCUGUGCCACCCAAAACCAGGAGUGUAAAAUGCAAAAAUGCACUGAGCUUAGGAAGGCAAGCAAAUGGACUCCUUGGCUAAAAGUAAACAGUACUAAAGAUGGUUACUUUGAGCAAAGAUUCAGAUUUAUCUGCCGUGCUAGUGUGCCAUCUGAAGAUUUAUUUCGUAUUGGCCACAUGAAGACAGAAGAACGAUUUUGUUUAUUUGAUACAAAGACAUGUUUUGAUCCUGCUUAUAUCAACACUGAUGGCAGUUCCGCCGAGUGGUUAGAAUGGUCAGCAUGGUCAGCUUGCAGUAGUUCCUGUGGUGGGGGAGUCCAAGUACGAGAGCGAAAUUGCUCGAAUCCUCGCACUAAUAAAAAUGUUUUAGCUUGUGAAGGUGAUGAGCGUAUGGAAAGAUCAUGUAAUCUACAAAAUUGUAAAGAAUUUUCAGAUGGAUGGGAAGAAUGGUCUGUUUGGUCACUCUGUGACUCUAAAUAUGAACAGCACAGACGGAGAAAGUGUGACACAAGUAAACCACACAUAGAACAAUGUCAAGGCCGGACAAAAGAAACAAGGCUAUGCAUCUCUGGCCAACCAGGACUAGUGAAUUCACAGCCAUCUCUCAAGGAUCAUGGGAUAUCGACAGAAAAACUUGUUGGUUUCUGCAUUGGGUCAUUUCUUACAGGCAUUAUUAUAGCUUUUAUUGUUACUUAUAUGUUCAUGAACAAGAAACAUCCCAGCAGAAAUAGAAAAUAUUUACAGAAAAAAGUAAACUCCAAUGUUUACAUGCCAUCAAAUGACUGUUUAAACAGCAUGGACUCUAGUUGUAGCACACAAGAGAAGACCUGUUUGCGAGACAGUAGCAUUAAAAAAAAUCCCAGGUCUAAAAAUGACUAUACAUAUUGAUUACAUCUUCUGAAGUGCUUAUUGUAAGAUUGUCAAAUUAGUAUCAACAGAUCCCAUAAUACUGUCAUCAACCAGUAAAAUGAGCUGAAGACUGUGAAAAGGAGAAUACAAUACAAAACACAAGGAAGCUCAGUGCUGUAGCAGUAGUGGGGGUCUAGUAGAAGGAGACCGAUGCUAAAGAUUUGCAAAAUCUUAAAUGAGUAAUGGGUAAGGACCACAUUCCUCCAAUGAAAAGUGAAAAAAUUUGGUUAACUUACAUGUAUCAUCAACUACACCACUGAUGAACAGUGUAUCACUACUCCACUACAAAGUACAUUCGUGCAUAUGCUGAAAUGUUCUUUAUGAUGAGGCAAAAGUUAAAAUUUUGUCAGUUAGUUGUAUCAUAAAGAAAAAUGUUCUGUUUGAUGUUCUUGUACCUUGGUGAAUAUGGGGUUUCAUAUAUUUUUACCUAUUUAUUUCAGAUUCGUACAAUAUAGAAGUUAGAUUAUCCAUAUGAGCUUCUAAGAUACACACACACACACACACACACACACACUGUUUGAUGUUUUCAGGUACAUUUAGUUUUGUUUAUGAAAAACUUUACAAAUAAAAUAUUUCAGCAUAUGCAUGGAUAGAAUUUUAAAAAGUGGUUUGAAAUUCAAGUCUAAUUAGGAAGUUACCAUUUUAUUUUAACCUCAAACUCUCCAUAAUAGUUUUAGCUUCACUGCAGUGUAUUUCUUUUGCACUUUAUUCAGUGCCAUAGUAAACUUUCAGUAACUGUAAAGUAUGUAUGUAUAUGUAUAAAUUAAUAUAUCUUUUAAAUAGCAUUUAUUAUAUAUAUAUAUGCUACCUAAAAGAUUUGUUAAUUCAAAACUAACUUGGCCAAACUAAAGUGAUAAAAUAAUUGCAAUUAAGACACUUAAUUCUAUAUUAUGCCAGAACAAACACUCAUUGGAUCAAAAACAAAAUCAUGUAGUUUUUACACUUGGAGCAACAAAAUUUGUCAUAUAUUCUGUAAGUUGGAAUGUUUCUUUCAAAGAAAAUUUUAUAUUUUGUUUUUUGUAAAUGGGUUUGUGUGUGUGUGUGUUUGUGUGUGUGUGUGUAUACAUGGUAUUGACUACCAUGAAAGGUUGUCACUAUAAAGUAAGUGAUCUAUUGCACUAAAAAAAAAGAGAUUAGGCCCUGUUAGCUAAACCUUUAUUAACAUUCAUUAGUACAUAAUCAUAACCAUAGCUUAUCAUUGUUGUUUUUGAAACAUUUUGUCCAAAUAUGUGCAACAACAAAAAAUAGAGAGACCACGUAGAAUAAGAGCAAAGUAUAGCUUAUGUGAUUUAUCAGAAAAAUGUUUAUGUAGUACUUGCUAAAUGCAUAUGUUGAUCCUUGUGGUUUGGUCAUUGAUUCUUCACUUGAAUGAAAGAGAUGAGACGAGAAAAGUAUUGCUGUUAUAAGUCAUUAGAAUGUUUUGAGAUGUUCUCUUGUAGUUAAUGCAUUCCUUCAGGAACCACUCACUGAUACACCAGGUGUGGGAAAAUAGUGGCAUUAAAAGUUCUCAGAUUGUUUCUCUCACUUCAGCAAAUUUGGGCUUAGGUUUAGUACUUGUAUGUUUUUAAUAUUUUUCAUUCUUAUGCUUCUUAGGAAAUGAUAUUCAAUGUACUAUAUCUUAUUUUACUAAAACUAACUAAAAGAUUCAGCAAAUGCCAUAACUUUUAAAAUCUAGAAAAUGUGUUCUCGCUUUCUACAUACACUUUAUACAACUGUCAAAAUAUUUGAUUUUGAUUAUUUGUGCAUUUUGUAUCACUAACAAAGAUAAGACAAACUGUUAUUGUUUAAAUUAGUGUUUCUCUUAAAAAUAAGAUGGAAUAUAUUUUUUUUAUUUUCAAAUCAUGUAAAAAGUUUUUAAUUAUGAUGACUUUGGUAUGCUUCAAUAGUAGGAUUACAUUGUUAUUGUCAAGGUAUACAAACUCUUGUUUACUAAUGAAAAAGAAAUUCAAACCUAACCCAGCAGCAUUCUGGGUUAUUUUUAUUUUGACACUUGUAAUCUGAAAUAAAAUGUCAGAAAUUACAUUAUGUUGAUGUUUUGGGGAAGUGGGAUAGCGUUGAAACUCUUAGAUUGAAAAAAUGUCAAGCUUGUAUGAACUCUACCGAGCUUGCUUAUGAAUAUGUUGUGCAUAUACAUACUGUAUUAUAUCUAUGGAUCAAACCUUGUGGUUGUAGUUACUUGAGGAAUUAAAAAUGAUAAAUGUUCUCCUUAGAAGGUGGAUUAAUGUGAACUAAUCCAUGUAAUGAUAAUUUGUUAUUCAAUACAGGUUCUGCAUGAAGGAAUCAUGCAAUGUAUGUGAUCAUUUAAAAAUGAGCAUUUAAGCCAAACUUGAUUUCCUCUUUCUUGUUCAUCUUUCAGAUUAAGUAGAUAAGUAAAUUAACUUAGUUUGUGUUGGUCUUGUAAGGCUGCUGUGUAAUUCUCCUAAGGUCAACUUAGUAAAAUACAUUAAAUUUGAAAUUUUUUAAUGCUCUACAUCACACCUUUUUAAUAAAUCUAUGGAAUUAUGUAGGACUUGCAAUAGAAUAUUAUGUCUUGAAAUAAUAAUAUAAGAUCAAUCCAUGGAAAUAUACAGUAGUUUGAAAUAUAAGCUAAGGGUUAAGAAAAUAUUUUGUGUUAAUGUUUUUAAUAAUAUACAGCUUAUCUUUGUAUGUAAAAAUUUCAUUAAUAGUCAGUUCAUAUAGACAGGCAUGUUCAGUAAUAAAAUUAAUUAUAUUCUUUAAGACUUUUUUUUUCAUUGGUUAUUAAAUCUGUUUAAGUUUUUGUGUUUACUUUGUUGAGAAAAAACUUUUUAAACUGUGUACAUUUAAUCAAGUUAGUGGGAUCUAGUUUAUAACCAACUUUACAAUCAGACAGUGCUUUCUUUACCAUGAUUGCAUGCAUUCUUCAUGCCAUAUGAUAGUGGGUGACAACAUGACAGUUUUCAAGAAUGUGAUCAUUGUUCUAACACAGGUCCAAGUUUUCAUCCAACCUACUAGUCGACUGUACAACAUAAAAUUAAAUUGUGAUCUGACAUAUAGUACUAUUGCUUGGUUGUAUUAAAAUAAUUCAUCAAACAUACGAGCAAUAGUAUAUGUGUAUAUUUUAUCAACUGAAUAAAACAUAAGUCUUAAAUAAUAUACUUAGUUUCAAUGAAAACUGAUUUUAUCAUUUGACAGAAAAAUUUCAGUACUCUUCAUUCUGGAAUGUAGUCUACCAGAGAGAAAACAUGCCAAUAAAAAUUUGCUUUCUCUGUAGCAACCAUGUUAAAAUAUCUUCUAGAUCUUCCAUUUCAAGAGUUGAAAUACUUAGUCUAGGAGAAGAUUCUAAAAAAACAACAAACUCAUCUUUCAAGAUUUGCUCAACCCUUUAAGGAAAAGGUCUGACUUGAUUUUCUAUUAGAGAAAACAUUCUUAAGCAUUUUCAUGUUGUAAAGUCCAAAUGUGGUAUCAGUUUUUGUUCUGUAACACUUUGUUUCAGGGUAUUUUAUACUCUUAGCCAAGAUGUGUUGAUGCAAAGUCAGAGUUGAACAUAAAAUCAUAACUAAACAUUUUAUAUAUUUCAAAUUUUCAGCACUAAAUUUUCCAAAAAUCAUUUUUUACUUGUGAAGAAUUAUAAACAUAUUUUUGAACCAAUCGGAAGCUGUGAAUGAACAUGAUGUAUGCAAAAUCUAUUUCUACCUAGCAGUUUCAUUUCCAAACAUAGACCUUUUCAGAUAUAGGUAAACUGUGAUGUAUAAUAUAUUUCGUCAGUACUUAACUAACUUGUUUUAAUAUAGAAGGACUUAAAUUAAACUACUUUCAUUUUACACCACAGUUUAUUAUGUUCAUAUGUACAGUCAACAAAUUAGCUACCUGGUCAAUCUAUACAAGUUUUUUAUAAUUCUAAAUAAAAGCAACCAGAUGUAAGCAACUCUUUCAGACAUGCUGUCUACUUCGACCAGAAAGCUACUAUGAUCAAAAUUUGGAUUAACUAUACACUAAAUAUUAUUUCAGGAUAGCCCACUACAUAAUAUACUACAAGCUGACUCUGAACUAAGUGAUCUUUGGAUUAAACUCACCAAUGUUUAAUCCUGGAACUUCCAUUCAUUCUGCGCUCGGGCUGAAUGCUGGCAUUAGCUGUAGAGUAGAAGCAUCUUGCGACCAACAAGUACUAAAUUUUUACAUUGUAGCACAUGUUAUUAUAAACUAUAUACCUUCAUGUGUGAAAGCGAACUAAUGUGACCAUAAAGCAACAUGUAAGUAUAAAUGGCUAUAACAAAACUACAUUAUUAGUAACGUGUUGCACAUGUGUUAGACCAGGUUUCACUUGAAUAGACUGUCGGGUACAGAUUAAUUUGAACAACUUGAUUACGCAAAUAUUAUUGACCGACUUUGUGUAGUACACAUGCAUAUCUUCAGUGUACUUUGCGAAUGGGUUCAUUCAUACUUUUGAUUAUAGUAAAUAAGAGUACAAUAUCAUUUAUUAGACACUUUAUAUUUACUUGAAGUAAUACUUCAUGACAAAGCGCAUACAGAAUUCCAAGCAAAAGGAUAUAAUUAAAUUUGUAUCUAGUGUGUUGGAAGUUUGCUUUUGUUAGCUGACAGUCCGCAUCUUACAAUAAUUAAUUAACUACAUACAGAUACAUAAAAGGUUUAAUAAAGUUUAUGUAGUUUCAAAGCUUUAUGAAUGCUUCUUAUUGUAUGUUACUAAUUGAUACUGUUACCGAUACGUGACCAUUAAAAUAUGUCUUGUUUUUUUGGGUUUUUUUCUGGGAGCUGUAUCAUUUAAAGGCUCGAAUAAAAUAUGUGCAACGACAAUGUGUGUUUACACAACACCUUAACGAAUGCUGAACAAAUAAAGCUUACUUUCCCUUGGCUACAAGUGUUUUUGUUGAUUCGCACGACCGUUGAAACUUGGAUCUGUGUUAUUGUUAGUUCGCUUAGAAAUUUCUAAAGUAAAAAUGUGAAUAUUUUACUUUAAGGUAUUAGAACUGCCAUGUUACUGGUCGUGGAGAAAAUAAACAUUUUUUUUCUUCGGUUAAAGUAAGAAUUACUAACUUAUAAUAAGUCCUAAAUACUGUAUUAUGUUAAUCCAUCUUGUGUGCCAAACUCGGCUCGACCGAGGAUUUUAUGAUUUGUGUUGGAUGUAUAAUACAGAAUAUUUAAAUACAUUUUUACGCUUAAUUGUACAUAUUUUUGAAGAUUAUGUGAAUUCGACAUUUACUAAUUAUUAGUAAUGCUAAGCGAUUUUGUAAGUCCAUUAGUAAGUUAGAUUUGUUUUCUUUGUUCUAGUGUACUCCUAAAGAAAAUAAUACAUUUGUAUAUAGUAAAAUUUCGGUUUUUUGGUAAUAGACAGCAGUUUGUUUUGUACAUAAGGCAGUUGAUAUUGUAAGUCUGUGUAUAUAUGUACGAGUAGAAUGCACAUUUAUCACAACUGUGUAAAUUAUUAUAUAACGUUACAAAAUGGGUCAGUUAAUGAACGAAUGAACUAUUUUGCUGUUAAACACUUUUUUAGUGCAAGAUUUCGGCUGGUUUUGAUUUGUAUGAUUUUGAUAAAUAUGUGUCUCAUGUUAUUUUGCAAUGUUUAAUAUGUUUGUUUGUACAGUUAAAUAAACACUGUUAUCUUAUAUGCUA